AUGGCAAAAUUUGGAAUUGACCCCGUGGUAGUCAAUGAAAAUGUUGGGCAGCACCUAAAUGAUCACUCUGUCUUUAGUAUAAUGGCAACUGUCCAGCCGCAAUACUCAACAUCGCAGAUGACGUCCGUAUUCUCAACACUUGCAGAGGCGCAGGCUCAAUUUUACAGCAACCUUACUGGCCCCUACGCAGCACCAUCUGGAAUCACCAACGGGUUUCAAAAGCUAUCCGAAAAUGAACUUGCGUCCAUAGGCGCCUACGACGUGAUUGAACAGGGUCUACAGAAUCAAUCACAUGUGGAGUACCUGUAUGAAUCGAUCUUCUAUCCUAGCGGACCAACACCAUUUCAUACGCCCCAGACUAGCAGAUCUUACAUUUCGUUGACCGCAUCUAGCCUUGUAGCUUUAUCCCGAGGUAAUGUAGCUCUAAAAUCAAGCUCAAUGAGUGACCCUCCGGAUAUUAAUCCAAAUUAUUAUAGCCAUGAAGCUGAUCGCAUAAUUGCGAUUGAAUCAUUUAAAUAUUUACGAAAGAUAUUAGCUCACCCAGAGCUCGCUCGAUUCACUGUUGGCCCUAAUAACGGAGAAGUUAGUCCGGGGCCUUCGGUUGAUGAUGCAGACGACGAGGCCAUCUUUAAGUAUAUCAAAGCAAAUACUAUUCCAAAUUGGCACGCCUCUGGAACUAAUCGAAUGCUGCCAUUUGAGGAUGGUGGUGUAGUUGAUCCGAGAUUACGACUUUACAAUACUUCUCGCCUGAGGGUAAUUGAUUGUAGUAUCAUUCCUCACUUACCCGACGUAAACAUCCAAGGUCCUGUUUUUAUGAUAGGAGAGAAAGGGGCACAUAUGAUCAGGGAAGAUUGGGGGGACUUAUGA